AUGAGAUCCCAAUUCAAAGACGACCAUCCAUUUGAGAAGAGAAAGGCUGAAGCCUCAAGAAUUCUCCAGAAGUUCAACGACAGAAUUCCUGUCAUUUGUGAAAAGGUCGAGAAGUCCGACAUUGCUGAAAUUGAUAAACGUAAAUACCUUGUUCCAAGCGACUUGACUGUGGGGCAAUUUGUUUACGUUAUAAGAAAGAGAAUCAAGUUACCAAGUGAAAAGGCCAUUUUCAUCUUUGUUAACGACAUCUUACCGCCAACUGCCGCAUUAUUAAGUACAGUGUACGACGAGCAUAAGGAUGAAGAUGGCUUUUUGUACGUCUUAUACUCUGGUGAGAACACCUUUGGAGACAUUGAAGGUGUCGAAGAGAUUAAAUAG